UUCAUUUUCUCUCUCAUCGAAAACUCUUUAUUAUAUCUCUUUCAUCUCUCACACACAGAAACACUUCUCUUUUCUUCCCCCUCUAUCUCUCGUUCCUUUGGAUCCAAAAUUCGAAACACAACCAUGAUCGGCGUACAAGAUUCAAAGACUUUAUACUCGUUGCUGACAUCAGAUGAAAGAUCUCUCGAUGACAUCUUUUCAGAUUUCACUUCCAAAUUCCCGCCCACUAAUCAAUUCAAUGUUUGUUGUUCUCUCGCUAUUAUCUUAGAGAAUAAAAAGAUGCUCAAACCCACUCAGCGUUUAGUGGCGUUUGCUGUUCUUUAUCAGGCAUAUUCUAAGCAGCCAUCUGCGAACCCCUUCAUCCCCUUUCUUAUAAACGCAGCAAGUGAUGAUGCAGCUGAAAAGACAGAAAGAGCAUUCAUCCUCCAGUUGUUGGGAUCUGGUGAUAAUGGAAGCAGAGAGUUGUUUAAACACUCUGCCACAGAUUAUAUAACAGGAUUUGAUCCGUCACUGCAUGUUUUAGUGCAACGUGAACAGCUGCAAAAGCAAUAUUGUGCGAGAGUAGGAACUGAAAGAUAUGUUUGCUUAUUUAGGAAUGCUUCCGUCAACAAUGCUAUCCCAGACCCUGAUUUGCCCCGUGGCUGUGAUGCAAACUCACCAGAGCUUGAAAUGGUUCCAGCUGGAGGCAAAGAAAGAGUAGGAUUUGGAGAUAGAGAUGGGUCGGUAACUGGAUUAUUACAAAACUUGUCCUUGGAAGGAUUAGAACCUCAAUGGAUUAGGCCUGUCCCACCAAGACUUCCAACACAAGAUGGAGAGCUUGUAUGGCUCAGUCCGGAUAAUAACCAUGAGCUUUUAUGGGAUUAUGCCAUGUGUGCUGACACCAGCAGAGGGGCAGAAGUUAGAGAUUUAAUAGCAAAAGCCUUGAAAGGACCACUUGCACCUGCACAGCAGGAGCGAGUUCUGGUUGAACUUGCAAAAGACCCCAAGCUUGUGUACCAUUGUGGACUCAGUCCUGUGAAGUUACCUGAACUUGUGGAACACAAUCCCUUGAUUGCUGUUGAGAUUCUGAUUAAGCUGAUUCAUUCUACUGAAAUUGGCGACUACUUCAAAGUUCUUGUAAAUAUGGACAUGAGUCUACAUUCCAUGGAGGUUGUCAACAGACUAACUACUGCCGUUAAUCUCCCUACAGAAUUUGUUCACAUGUAUAUUACUAAUUGUAUAUCAUCGUGUGAAAAUAUCACGGAUAAGUAUAUGCAGAACAGACUAGUAAGACUUGUCUGCGUCUUCUUACAAAGCCUCAUUCGAAACAAUAUAAUCAAUGUGAAAGAUUUGUUUAUCGAAGUUCAGGCGUUCUGUAUUGAAUUCUCUAGGAUUAGGGAAGCAGCUGGGUUAUUCAGGCUCCUUAAAUCUUUGGAAUGAUUUCUUUUCUUCUUUUUCAUGUUCACACCAAUUAUGUUAAUCUAGUGAAUUUCCUUCUUCGCCUUGUCCCCAUUGUUUAAUCAAUCUUAUAGUUACAAUGGUAUAUCAUUAGUUUUGGACAAACAAUCACUCUUACAAGGGUGUUUGUUAUUAGCUCCAUAUUCUUCAAUCUGGGAAAUGAGAUCUAAUUCUGCAUGUGGUUUGAUAUCUCGCUAAUUUCUUCUGUACACAUGUACUUUUUUUUUCUUUUCUUCCUUAUUUAAUUUUCGCGAAUAUUUGUUUUUCA